GAGAAAAAAAACAGUGGUGAAGCGAAUUGACAGCAGGAGCGUUUGCUAGUCCGUUAGCAACCUACAUGUGGAGGGAAGAGCAGCGAGAGUUGCUCACAGCCCAAAGUUAGCACAUUUUUUCUUUUUCUUUUGUAUCGGGACAGCGUCGCGGCGACCUCGGGGAGUUUUUAAAGCGUAGAUAAGUUGAGAUAAAGAUGAAAGGUAGCCGGAUCGAGCUGGGGGACGUCACCCCCCACAACAUUAAACAGCUGAAGCGACUCAACCAAGUCAUCUUCCCUGUCAGUUACAACGACAAGUUCUACAAAGAUGUGCUGGAAGUAGGAGAACUUGCAAAGCUAGCGUACUUCAAUGACAUCGCCGUGGGAGCCGUGUGCUGUCGAGUGGAUCACUCCCAGAACCAGAAAAGAUUGUACAUCAUGACACUUGGCUGCCUCGCUCCCUACCGCAGACUCGGCAUAGGAACAAAGAUGCUGAACCACGUGCUGAACAUCUGUGAGAAGGAUGGCACUUUUGACAACAUUUACCUUCAUGUGCAGAUCAGCAACGAGUCUGCAAUUGACUUCUACCAGAAGUUUGGGUUUGAGAUCAUCGAAACUAAAAAGAACUAUUACAAGAGGAUAGAGCCAGCAGAUGCUCACGUUCUCCAGAAGAGCCUGCGGAGCCCAUGUGAGCCCCUAGCAGGAGACCUGCAGAAGGCUGAGUAGAAGCCGGAGCACUCUGGAGAGACGGAUCUCGGCCCAUAUUUACAAAGUGGAACUGUGAUUGAUGCCCCAGGGCCUGUAGAUACACCACUUUUUUGAAGGGCAGUUUAAAGAGAGAAACCAUGACAAAUUGCUGAAUUUUUAUUUUUUAAAAACAAAACUCAGUCCCAAUCAGUUUGCAUUUGUUUAUUUUAUUUUUUAUUUUUUUUGUCAUUUAGAGAGUUGAAAUUAGACACACAGGUUUUUUUCCAGGCAGAAUACAUAAGUGCUCCAAAAAGCUGCUUACUUGUUACAGAGUAGACACGGUGAAAGUUAACUGUCAAUACCCUUUGCAUUUUGUUCUAAAUCGUUAAUGGCAAGGGGGCACGACGUUGUUGUUUGAACAUGCCGAUAGACCUUUUUAAAAGAGGACUGUUGUUUUUCGGCGAGAGGUGGUCCUGCCUGGUAGCGUUGGACGUCACACUACAGAUCGUCUCUGUGAUUUCCGGACCUUCUGUCACCUCGCCACCUGAGCCUGGGGAUGCAGAUGUGAUUGAUUUUACAGGCAGAGAGCAAGGGAUGAUUAUUGCACGUGUCUCUUUGCAGUGCAAGUCUCUCCAAUCUGCCUCGUCUGGAUCAUCUCGCCCCCUCGAGCCGGCAUGAACAUGGUCAAACGGUUUGAGAGUGAGAGAUUGGGUGUGGGAGUGUUGGAAUGAACACCACUCCCGUUUCUGAAUAUCUUUGCUUUUCUGCCUAAUAUUUAAAGUCCCCUUAACUUUUUUGUUUUGUUUUGCCUAAUUGCUGGUUGGUUCAUGGCUUUUCCUGGGGUGCUGUUGGUGCUUCAGAUUUGAGAAAAGACUGUAAGUGCCAGUUAUGGAGAGGAGGUGUGCUGUUGGUACAGUUACCGCAGAAUAUAAGACUCUUUUUAAAAACGCACGUGCCUUUUCUACACACUCGCAUUCCACGUGCAAGAAUUUGAUUUUAAUUUAUUUUGAGUAUUUUUUUUCCAAGAUUUCACAAACCACGUUGAUGUAACGCCACACCGAAUGUAACUGUUGACAUGGUUUCAUUUAACAGUCUGUUUGAUUGUAAAAAAAAAAAAAUGUGGAUAACAUAAAAGGAAAACAGUUAACAUUUUUAUUGAAUGGUUUCAGUCGGAAUUUUUGUCUCCAUGUCACAACACACAAAUGUCGUUCGUUCAUCAAUAUUAAUUUCAGCAGUCUCCUCUUCGGCACACUGGCAGCUAAAAACCUACCCACAGCAUGUCGCUCUCAUUUCAGUGAUGUUCACUGACCACAAAAAAAAAAAACCAUCCGUUUUUUAACACAUUGUGGGAUUGUUGUGGUUUGGGUUUAGAGGUUCCUUAUGCUGAACUUGGAUUUGCAGGCCAGACCCCAGGGGAAGCCUUGACACUGCAUGCCAAGAGGGAUGUGACCGCUCCAUUGUAGUUCAAGCAUGUUUUCUUUCUUUCUUCCUUUGGAAAUUUUUGUCUUUUCUGGAGCUCUAUAUUGUAAAACUUUUAAAACCUCUAAAUAAAAUACUAUUUGCAUUA